AUGGCGAGGGGCAAAGUACUGUGGUUGUCUGUUCUAAUAUUAGGGUCAGCCUUCGGCCAGCCGUUGCCCGAGCCGGACCCGCAAGGCCCGUGCUGCCCCUGUCCCUGCCCCGAGCCCCCUCCCCCCUGCCCGUGCGACCCCUGCGCCCCCUGUGACCCCUGCGCCCCCUGUGACCCCUGCGCCCCUUGUAACCCCUGCAAUGGGGAGGCGAUACAGAUCGGGCCGUGCAACCCCAACGCCCCGCUCGUGAACUAUGCUUACGGGCAAGCGCCGGCAGGACAACUGAUCAUAAGGCCAGGACAGAUCCGGUUCCCGACCCCCUCGCCUAUAAUCGUGCGACCCGGGCAGAUCACCCCUCCAGCCCCCCCUCGGAUAUGGGUCAGUCCCGCUAGGGUGCAGCCCCCAACUCCUGCCCCUAUCACGGUCAGACCAGGGCUUGUGAGACCGCCGAUACCACCCCCUAUUUAUGUCAGACCACCACCUGUGCCAGUGCCGCAGCCAGCUCCCAUUUGCGUGAGGCCACCACCAGUCCCCGUGCCACGCCCACCACCAAUGAGGAUUCAACCUCGCCCAGUGGUCCCGCCUCUACCAGACACUCUGAUCGUAAAGCCGCCCAAGAUCAUCGUCCCCGCCCCGCCCGUCAUCGUCUUCCAGCCGAAUCCGCCCAGCAGUUUCAGGACCAUCGGCUCCGCUGUCAUCAGCCCAUACAGAGGGGGAGGAGGCGGAGGAAGCGGAGGAGGCGUAUCCCCUUAUCCCUGGUCGUUCCCGUCCCCUUGUCCGUUCCCCUGCCCUGAGACAUCCCCUUGUCCGUGUCCAUGCCCUGAGCCGUCCCCUUGUCCAUGCCCCUGUCCUUGUCCUGAACCCUGCCCUCCACCUUGUCCGGAACCCUGUCCCUCUCCUUGUCCCUGUCCCAUAAUGUCCCCCUGCCCGUGCAACCCGUGCAAUCCUUGCGCGUAAAUGUAUAAACUUAUGUAUAUAAUAGAAUAGCUACGUUUGUAAAUACGGUGUGAUUGAAAUAAAG